AUGGGAACAUUGUUGGUUCUUAUUUUGACCUAAAUCAUUUCUCUCUUUCUUUUUCGAUCCCAUUUCAAUCGAAGUCGAAGAUACUUCAAUCGGGGGUUCUCUUCUGCGUUCUUCUCCUUUGCAUCUCUUUUGAGUUUCUGACAUAAUAAAUCUUGUCAUGGGUAUGGCAAGCCAGUCUCUAACAUCAACCUGAAGCCUUGGAAGAAAGAUGCUUCCUCCACGACAGCAAUCCCGGGCUGGUGGACCACAAACAUCCCUGUCUCUAGUUCCAUUGGAUACUCGUCUUUCUCCGGAGGAACCUAGAUCAAACUCUGACAACCUCCGUGAAUCUCCUACUGAAAGUGCCAGUUCUCGAGAAACUUGGCCUACAGCUGAUGCAAUCGCAUCAAAGAAGAUUGAGAAUGGUAAAGCUGAGAUUGAUUGUCCUGAGCAGUCUGUUAUUCGCCGUGUUUCUAGUGCAGACAAAAUUAGUCUUCAGGACAUUGCAAGAGAAAGAGUUGAUGUAAUAUGUGAAAAAAUGCAUCAUCUACCCGAAGAAUUUCUAGAGGAGCUAAAAAACGGACUUAGACUCAUCCUUGAGGGAGGUAAUGGCUCACAGCAUCGGGAAGAAUUUUUCAUUUUGCAGAAGCUUGUUCAGAGCAGAUCUGAUUUAACAGCCAAGACAUUGAUUAGAGCACAGCGAGUGCAGCUUGAAAUCCUUGUUGCCAUAAAUACUGGAAUUCAGGGAUUCUUACAUCCAAGCAUCAGCCUAUCACAGACUUCCCUGAUUGAGAUAUUUGUGUACAAGAGAUGUAGAAACAUAGCUUGCCAAAGCCAGCUUCCAGCUGAUGAUUGUACCUGUGAAACAUGCACUAACAGCAAUGGUUUCUGCAAUCUUUGCAUGUGUGUAGUCUGCAGCAAGUUUGACUUUGAAGUAAAUACAUGCCGCUGGAUUGGAUGUGACUUGUGUUCUCACUGGACUCACACGGAUUGUGCGAUUCGUGAGCAGCUUAUUUGCAUGGGCCCUUCUGUGAAGAGUGGAGCAGGAGCUAGUGAAAUGGUUUUCAGGUGUCAAGCCUGUAACAGGACUUCAGAACUGUUGGGUUGGGUUAAAGAUGUCUUCCAACAUUGUGCACCAUCAUGGGAUGGGGAAGCCUUAAUGCGAGAACUUGAUUUUGUUAGUAGGAUUUUCCAUGGUAGUAAGGAUCAGCGAGGAAGGAAACUGUUUUGGAAGUGUGAUGAUCUCAAGGAAAAACUUAAGACUGGAAAGGUGGAUGCUAAGGCAGCAUGCAGAGCAAUUUUGAUGGUUUUCCAAGAGCUUGAGAUGGACUCUCCUAAGAGCCUGGAAAAUUCAGAAGGUGGAAGGCUGAUUGCUCCUCAAGAGGCAUGCAAUAGAAUUGCUGAAGUGGUGCAAGAGGCUAUAAGAAAGAUGGAAAUAGUCGCUGAUGAGAAGAUGAGGAUGUUCAAGAAGGCUCGCUUGGCUCUUGAGGCUUGUGAUCGUGAAUUAGCCGAUAAGGCCAGAGAAGCAGCAGAGCUCAAGAUGGACAGGCAGAAAAAGAAGGUUCAGAUUGAAGAGCUUGAGAGAAUUGUGCGGCUUAAAACGGCAGAAGCUGAUAUGUUCCAACUGAAAGCUAAUGAAGCUAAAAGGGAGGCUGAGAAGCUCCAGAGGAUUGCUCUUGCCAAGUCAGACAAAUCAGAGGAGGAAUAUACUAGCAAUUAUUUAAAACAAAAAUUAAGUGAGGCUGAGGCUGAGAAGCAAUAUCUGUAUGAGAAGAUCAAAUUGCAGGAAAGUUCUCGAGUAUCACAGAGCAGUAGCGGCGGUGAUCCCUCUUCAAUGCUGAUGUAUUCCAAAAUCCAUGAUCUUCUGUACAGUGUUCCUCCCAAGGCAGACAGUCAAUCUAAUGAGUGCCACCCUUUCCGAACAAAUCCAUGA